AUGAUCGAAAAUAUUCCUCCUGAUGCUAAUUCUUCAUCAAAUACUGCUAUUAUUGUCCCAACGAACAAUAGGACAGUAUCUUUUUACGGUCUGGAAAAUAUAUGGACACAAGAUUACUCCAAAAAUUUUCCUGAUUUUGACCUCAAAACAUUCCUUACUGUAUCACCAUAUGGGAGCAAAAUUUUAAAUUACUAUCAAACGAAUGAUCGAUUAACGGAUUUCUUAAGAAAUAAAUUAGUAGAUAUGAUUAUUACCCAAUUAUAUCCCUAUAUUAUCAAACACCGGCUCACUCAUAGCCAGUACAACAUUUUAUGUUCAAAAAUUUUAAACUUAUUCCCAAGUGAGUGUAGUCACACUUACUAUCUUUCUGGUGAGAGGUUACAUAGCUCUGCUGUUCAAGCCAAAGGAAAAUUGGUGUACAAAUCUCAUAAUAUACUUUACCGGAGUCCAGACAAAACAUAUGUCAGAAAAAGAAAAAAUUCUACUGUUGAUCCUAAUGAGACACUUAAAAAAAGAGACAGAGAAAACACGGAAGGUGAAAAAAAUGCUAUGACAUGGCUGAAACAUAACCGAAAACCGUGGGAUGAGGUUAUGAGGCACUGGCAAUCGACUUUUGAUAUAAGAACAUGUGGAAAUUUCAAUACAGUCGCAGAAUUUAUCAUAAACUGGCCUAUUAUUGCAGACCCUAGGGCAGCUUCAUUAAUUGAAGCUGAUUUCAAAUGUAUGUACCCAGAUUCCAAAGUAGUUUUGCAGCUUGCAGUCUUGCCUAGAAUUAUACCACCUAGAGGUAGAAAAAAAGAUGGCAAAAAUCAUUGGAAAUGUAGCACAACUGAGGCAGUACAUGGGAUUUUGGUGCAUGCCACGAUACCCGGGGAUAUAGAGAGACAAAUAGAAAACCAGGUAAACCGAGCCCUCAAAAGAAAAAUAUUCAGGCACGUCCAGCCUUAUCUACUUGCAGAAGGACCUCAGCUCUCCCAAAUUCAAAAUAUCUAUCUGGUGAUCGACAAGAUACACUUUCAUUUAGAAAGUGCUCUGAAAGGACUGGACACUUUGUUUAAAUGUUUUUUUGUCCUUCAUACAGAAUACCCAGUACAGAGUGAACAUAUUUGGCAUAUAAUACAACAGGUUGUAUAUGGAAUUGACAUUCCACCAGAAAAAAUUUCUUCAAAUAUUGUUGAUGUAGUUAGUUUUGUAAAACUUGACUGA